AUGGAGCGCGAACGCGAGGAGGCUCAACGCCGCAAGGAACAGGCGCUGUUGGAGGCUGCGAGUGUCAGUGCCAGCCUUCUCAGUGGACUUGCUCAGGUGAAUAGUGUUCAGACUCCUUCCGGUCAGGUGCAUGUGGUAGAGAUCCCCGAUAAUGUUUCACAGGAGAACCGAGAGCAGCUUCAACAGCUGAACGACUUGCUUUUGAGUGGUGCUAUUACUCAAUCUGAGUAUGAUGAGCUGGUGCCCUUUCUUCUCGAGAAGCCUGAAGCGGCUUCGUCUGGUGCUGCACUCACUGCCGAGCAGGAGGAGUCAUUGAGCCGUCUAUAUACUGCGGGAGUAUACGGCAUACAGAUCCGUUGCCCUGCAUGCGGUGCUACCAACAACACGGCCAAUGGCAAUCAUUGCGACGAUUGUGGCUCUUUACUGACUACAAGUGACGAAUCUGCUGCUGCCGCCGCUAAUCCUGGUAUCUACGGAUACGGUGGUCAAUCGCGUCAGAGAAGUGUGUCGACACUGACAGCACCUUUGGGCACAUUCUCUACUGAGAAUGGCCGUAUAUAUAUCCACGACGGGUAUUUUGAUGCGCAGAUGCACCGUACGCAAACUCUUCAAGACGAUAAUUACACAGAAUACACGGUGUAUGUGUUGCGUUGCAAUUGGCAACCGAAGGAUUCGAAUGAGUCUACGACUUGGUUGGUAUCUCACCGCUUUAGUGUCUUUGAAAAAUUACACAAGGACUUAAAGCGAAAGAUUCCAGCAGCAGUAGCUACAAUUCCAUUUUUCCCCCGCAAACACGUACUAGGAGGAGUUUUCAAAGGAAAAUCAGGAAAUUCAAGUGCUAUUGUCGAGGAGCGCAAGCGGGGUCUGGAACGAUAUGUAGCGCAGGUGCUCGACUUGUGUGCCCGUCUUCCUGAAAAUUUAAACGUGCCCGAGCUGGACCGCUUUUUGAACGUAUCGCGUCAAGUGGAGCAGUAUCGCCGUCAACUCUCGUCAGGCGGUGCCGACGAAUCUAAUGCGGUUAAUCGUGCGCUGAACGUAAAUGCUGGCGGGGCUGAGGGAAUGGCUGCUCGUGAGCAGGCACGCUUACCUACUGAACUGCCUACCCCGCUGGAUGAAGAGGAACUGUGUCACACGGAACAAGCUGUGGCGCUGCUGAACGCAUCCAUUCGUAGUGCACGUGGUGACUUACGCCGCGAUCCUCAAGUACAACACCACCUUAAAGUCUGCGUGCAGCUGUUGCCACGCUUGCAGAUCUCAGCAAACUUGGACAAUCCGUUUGCCAAUGUGGAUUUGAUUCCGCGUGCCAUGCAGUGUCAAGAAGAUCUUGAGACAACUAUGGGACUGUAUAAUGACUCACUGCUUGCUGUCACGGAAACGUAUGCUCUUUCUGCACAGGAAGGUGGUGGCGUUCAGGCUCCACCACCUCCGUAUGUUCCGGGUCAGCAGAACUCUUACCAGCCUAGCUAUGGCGUGUAA